AUGAAGCUACCAAUUCUUGCGGCACCUAUACCUGGGAAGCCGUUGAUACUCUACAUCGCGGCACAAGAGAGAUUAGUUAGAGCACUACUGGCUAAUGAAAAUAGUGAAGGAAAAGAAAAAUAUCCUUACUAUCGGAGUAGAAUGAUGACAUCAAAUGAGCUAAAGUAUUCUCCAAUCGAAAAAUUGUGUUUGGAAUUGGCCUUCUCAAUUCAAAAGAUGAAACACUACUUUCAAGCUCAUGCUGUCCUUCUUGUGUCUAAGAUACAAGUUUAUAAGUACAAAGAUACAUGUUGUGUUAACCAUAGAUAUAUAGUGUUCAAGAUUGAUGGUCAGCAAGUUGUUGUUGAGCAGGUUGGUGGAAAUCAAGAGACACAUGAAGAUCUUGCUAACAACUUGCCUCCCAAUGAAUGCCGCUAUGCUAUUUUUGACUAUGAUUUCACUACUAAUGACAAUGUCCAGAAGAGCAAGAUCUUCUUCAUUGUUUGGUCACCAGAAACAGGAAGGGUAAGAAGCAAGAUGUUGUAUGCAAGCUCCAAAGACAGAUUCAGGAGGGAAUUCAAAGGUGUGCAGGUUGACUUGCAGGUUACUAAUCUAAGUGAAAUGAGCUUAGAUACCUUCAUUGCCAUAGCUCUCUAA